AUGUCUUGCUACGACCUGUGCCCCACCUCUGCCUGCGGCGUUGCCCGCCCCCAGCCCCUCGCUGACAGCUGCAACGAGCCGUGUGUCCGCCAGUGCCCCGACCUCCCCUACUCUACGCCUCUGAUCCAGCCACCCCCAGUUGUCGUCACCUUCCCCGGCCCCACCCUCAGCUCCUUCCCCCAGCAAGCCGUGGUGGGCUCUUCUGGAGCCCCUGUGCUUGGAGGCUAUGAGGGCUAUGGCUCCUACCUGGGCUAUGGAGGCCUGGGGGGCUAUGGGGGCUAUGGCUACGGGGGGCUAGGGGGGCCCUUUGGCCCAUGGGG